GGAUAUCCAUUAAUUCUCACUGUAUGGUACUUGAACUGUAUUACAUGUUUUUUUCUUUAUCUUUCUUUUAAUGCUAUUUGAAUUUCCAAACCAAGUAAACCGUAAAAGCAAACAUGAUCUUGUCAAAAGUGAACAGUACAUUUCAGACUGUGCUAGAAGAGGAAGUGUUCCAUGUUCACUGUUUAUCAAGAACUUGGAUAGUGAACACUUGAACCUGAAUCACUAUGGACUUGGGAUCAAAGGUGUCCAGGCUUUGGCAUGUCUACUUAAGACACACUCAAAACUAUUAAAACUUGAACUGGAAGACAACAACAUCACCGCUGAAGGGGUGAAGUACAUCAGUGACAUGCUGACUGAAAACUGUUUUAUACAGCAUUUGAAUCUGGCACAUAACCAUUUGCAGACUGCAGGGGCCAAGGCUAUUUGUGAUAUGUUAAGAGAAAAUAAUACAUUGGAGACAGUUAACUUUUCUGGAAACUACUUUAAGGAUAAGGAUGCCAAAUUCUUUGCUGACGCCUUUGCUGUGAAUAGCACUGUCCAAGUGUUGGACCUUAGCCAUAAUGAGUUUUCACUGGAAGGAGGUGAACAUUUAGGACGACUCCUGGUUAAAAACCAGACUCUUGAAGUUCUAAAUCUUUGCUGGAACCACUUGAGAUUAAAAGGAGCAGUGGCUUUCUGUGGUGGUUUGCAGGUCAACAACAGUGUACGAAAGCUGGAUUUGUCUUGGAAUGGCUUUGGAGAUGAGGGGGCCUUUGCCUUGAGUGAAGUACUGAAAUGUAACAAACAACUGGAGUUCUUGGACCUGACCAACAACCGCAUCUCCUGUCGAGGUGCAAAGGUGCUGGCAACUGGACUGGCUGUGAACAGCACCUUAAAGUUUUUAAAGCUCUCCCGAAACAUUUUAAAACUUGACGGAACGAUGGCUCUGCUUCUUGCUGUGAAAGGCAGCCAGAGUUCAAAACUUGAAGAACUUGAUGUUUCAAACAUUUUGGUGAAUGAAACAUUUCUGCAGCUGUUGGAGGAGACUAGAAAAUAUCACCCAAAGCUACUUCUUCACUAUGCUGGGAUGGGUGGUUGGGUAUCAAAGAAGACCAAAGAAAAGACAGAUCCCAUGAAAGCAAUCCAGGAUUACUUAGUGGAGCGCAAGCUGAGACUGUGGGACUUCUUUCGGAAUAUUGAUAAAGAUGGCAAACAGACUGUCUCUGUUCAAGAUUUCAAAGGGGCGUUGCAGAAUCUUCACAUCCCUCUGCAGAAGAAUGCAUUGGAAGAACUCAUACAAAGGUUAGAUGUGGACAGGGAUGGCAACAUUGACUACAGUGAACUGUUACAGGGCCAAAAGGAUUUUCUACGCAAAUCCCGCCAUGUGGAAAAUCAAAAACAAAAAGUCAGUUCUUCAGAGGAAAAGAUGCAGAGUGAGCUCAGUCUCCGAGUGAAGAAUAUGAUCCCAGCAGAUCUCAGGCAUGAUUCUCUUUAUUCUUUUAAAAGAUAGUUUCAUUCCGGAGCUGGCUGCAAUUCAGCUGUACUAAAAAUUAUGAGGCCACUGGCUUAGCAAAAUAUACUGUACCACUGUUGUACUAUUCUACCAAUAGCUCAGGGCACUAUCAUAACCCUUGUGCUGUCAUCACUCCCUACAACAUAAUUGUAGUACCAUUGCAUUUCUAUUAAAAAGUAUGUGUACAUAAAAUAAAAGAAAAUUGUACUAUUAGUAUUGUACUUGUUUGUAUUGUAUGUCUAUUCAAUGUAUUGUUUACAUAUUUACCUGUUAUCAUACACAUGGACUACAGCACCCAAUAAGCAAAUAAAUGAUACUGUAACUACUGUACUGUGUUAGUUUUAUGGUUCUAAACUAUACUGAAAGUACCAUGUAAAUACCAUCCAUCUCAAAAAAGAUUAAUAUUUUAAGUGUGCAAAUUUUUUGUUAGACUUCGCGGAAACAUAUGUUUAUACACACAAGUACUACAGUUUCUCAGUUCUGUUUCUAUCUAACCCUAUCAUGUUACCUGUUGCACUGUAUAUAAAGGUGUGAAAUGUAGUUCCCUCGGCUAAUGCCUGGUGGAUAGGUGAGUUUACUUGGGAGUUGUAUCUGUCUGGGCUACACAACUUUUAAGAAAAGCUAGAUGUUGUUAUUUUCACAAUCC